AUUGUUUAAUUUAUAAAGAAAGUUAACGGUAAAUAAAGAGGGACCGAACGAGUCAAGCCUGGAAGAAAAGUAAGAGAACCAUCAAUGAAAUUAACCAUGGCGACGGUGACGGAAUCACCGGAAUCUGAGACACCCCCAUCGCCUCAGAACUACCCUGCACCCAGCGAUCCUCAAAUCUUAAAUGAAACGACGCCGUUUAUUGACUACGCUGUUGCGCAAGCCCAGCUUUACCAGAAGGGCUUCAACGAUGCCGUCGAAUCUGCAAUCGACGCGGGAAAAUCCCGUUUUUCCCAAAUCCGUUCAACUUCUUCUUCUCAUUUUCAUCACACCUUGCAUUCUUUGGAUGAUCUCAAGUCUCAGUACAAUGCUUACGAGAAUCUUAUUUUUGGAAAGAUCAAAGAGGGUGUACUUGUUGCAGCUUCACAUCCAGUUAUUACAUGUGGGGCCACUGCUACCCUGGGCCUUCUUGUGCUUAAAAGGCCUCGUCGGGUCUUGUACUACAACACUUUACGUCUUUUUGUCAGUGAAGAGUCUAUGAUUUCUAGAGCCCAUGUUGAGGUGAAAGAGUUGCGACAAUCAAUUGACCUUCUAAAGGCUAAAGGUGAAAAGUUGGAGAGGAGUGCAUUACAUGCGGAAGAGCAAUUCUUGCAUGGAAGGACAAAACUCAGACAAGCAGGAAAGCAGAUCAGGAAUGUGAUUCAUUCAGCGUAUAAAAUAGAAAGACGAGCAGGAGGUUUAAAAGAUAUCCUCAGAGAACUCCCUAAAAGAGAAGCAUCUCACUUCCGGUUACAGGUUUCUGAACUUACUUCUGAGGCAAAGAAAGAAAAGAAUACCUUGACCAAGGAGAUCUCUAAAAUUAGCAACUAUGGCAUAUCGGUUUGAGAAACUUUGUUUAAACAUUCUCUAAUUGGAUGUGCAUCCGAGUUUUCUGAUCAGGACCAUCAUAUGCGGUGAUCUUUCCAGUUUUCUAAUCAGGAAUAACACAAUACCCUACUAUUAUUAUUACUAUUAUUCUUUUGAGAUUGGUUUGGUUCAUGAAGAUUGCAAUAGGGGGAUGCAUCAUACCCAGAGUAGUUAGGGAUUUAUUAUGAGAAAAAUACAUCGAGGCUACAUAACUUAAACAUUAAAAUGAUUUUUUUUUCCUUUCUUUUCUCAAGUUAUAAAGCUCAAUGGCAAUAAUGACGUUUUACUACAAAACAACCUGUGACUCAAUGACAUAUACAUUAGGAAUUGAAGCAUUUUGGAAUUGUAACAAAUCUGAGUAUAUGAUUCCGUUCAAAGUCGUUGACUCCUGCUUUGAUGAGUUGGGAAAAGUGAUCGAAUGGAAUUUCUUUUUUGGUGCCCUCUUUUUCUAAUUAUAUCGUCCUUUCC